GCAGCAGCUCGAGUGCUAACUAGAACUAGAAAGUUUGGUCAUAUUAGCCUUGUUCUCUCAUUUCUACACUGGUUGCAUUAAUUACAAAAUACUUUUACUAACCUAUCAUAAAGCGCUACAUGGCCUGGCCCUGCAGUUUUUAAGUGAACUUAUUGAGCACUACAAGCCGGCAUUUUUACUUCGUUCACAAGGUGCAGGGAUAUUUUUAGUUCCUAGUGUCCACUGAAAAAAGACUGGCAGAAUAAUGAACAAACAAGUAUAAAAUAAGUAUAAUAGUCGUCCCAUGUUACCAGUAAAACAUGAGGUCUGGAUACCAGGAUUAAAUAUAGGCCCAUUUUGGUUUAACAGGCCUGACCAGACGCUCUUAGAGAAGGAAGGCCGGAUAAAGUGUUGCCUUCUUGCCUUACCAUUUAUUCUUGAUCAUCUUUUAUUGUACUAGCUGCUUCAUCUGGGUUGUGGUCAUCCUGGAGCCACUAAGAAACAGUUUUGAAACAUUCAACAACUAGCAGGUACAUUAAUAACAUGUAAGGAAAUAAUAUCUACGCUGUGGGGGUCCUGACCAUUAAAGAACAGCAUGAAAGGGGGCUAACAAAGCAUGUAGAGAAACAGAUGGAUUACAGUCAGUAAUUGUAGAACUACAAAGUGCUUCUAUAUGGUAAGUGGAGCUGAUAAAAUAGACAGUAAGUGUAGAAACAAGGAGGUGGUUUUAAUGUUAUGGCUGGUCGGUGUAUAUAUUAUAGGUCUGGGUCCUUUCUUUGUGGAAUUUGUAUGUUCUUCCUGUGUCUGCAUGGGUUUCCUCUGGGAGCUCUGGUUUCCUCCCACAGUCCAAAGACAUGCAGUCAGGUGAAUUGGAGAUACAAAAUUGUCUGUGUUUGACAAUAAACUUGUGAACUGAUGAAUCUUGUGUAUCGAGUAACUACCUGUCUAGUAACGUCAUAAUGAAUAAAUAAUUCAUUGAUUUAUCAUUCCUAAGGUGAUUUCUACUCAAAAGGCUGUACCAUGAAGCUACAUUUGUUUGUUACGAAUGUUACGCAGAAAAAUUGGUCAGCAACUUGGUCAACCAACUAAGUCUGUCGCCGGGUGGCUGGUCACCAAGUUCCUCAAGUGGCACAAUGUGAUUCUGGAAGAGAAUGCAGUGAAGCGGUGUCAGAUCCAGCCUGAUGAGACAGUAUUGGAGCUGGGACAUGGCCCAGGCUUUGGCCUGCAGGCAGCUGUCAAGCUUCUCACAGGGUCAAAAGGAAAGCUGCUUGGCGUAGAUUACUCUGAGUACAUGCAUCAAAUGGCUACAAAGCGCAUGAGCGAUCACAUUGCCAGUGGAAAGGUGACUCUGCACCUUGGUAAUAUAACAGCAAUGCCUAUCACAGACAGCAGCGUGGAUAAGGUCUAUCACUGCAACUGCUACUACUACUGGCCUGACCUGAAGGCAGGAGCCACUGAGAUACACAGAGUGAUGAAACCAGGUGGACUUAUGAUCACAACCCUUAGACUGGAUAAUGUUGCCAUAUUUGCAAAUAAGAAAAUAUUGUCUGGAGAGAACUGGCGUCCCGAGGCUUAUAUGGAUGUGCUGCAAUUUGCUGGCUUCACAGACGUCAGGAUGACGACCAGUAGAGACAAGAUGAUCAAGAUUGAAACCAUUUAUGCCACUGCUACUAAGUAAUGCAGGGCUGUGAGCAGGGACAUCUGAAUACUGUACAUUUCUUGCUUGCUUG